GUCGGGGCGGGGAGCGGCGGGGCCGGGCGGGCGCCGCCACCCCCAGCGCCGCAGCAGAGCAGAGCAGAGCCCGGCUCAGCGCAUCCCUCUCGUCCAUGCCAGGUGCCUGUUCCCGGCCGCGCCGCGACUGAGGAACGAUGGGGCCCCUGCGGGAGAGCAGCAAGGAGCAGAAGACGCAGCUGGAAAGGGAGGUGUCCCGCAGCCGCAUCCCCCGCCUGGUCCUCCGGCCGCAGCAGAAGGUAUCCCCAGCUUCCGAAUCGCCCUUUUCGGAAGAGGAAAGCCGGGAAUUCAACCCGCCCAGUUCCUCCGGGCGCUCUGGCAGGACCAUCAGCAGCAACAGCUUCUGCUCAGAUGACACUGGCUGUCCUAGUAGCCAGUCAGUAUCUCCAGUUAAGACUCCUCCUGAUGCUGGAAACAGUCCAAUCAGUUUUUGCACUGGUAGCGAUGGAGACUUCUCCAGGAAGAAAUUCAGUCCAGGGUCAAUGAGUGAAGGGAAUACACAGCUGGCUCGAUAUAAGAAGGAGACAAAGACAAGCCUUGUAAAGCCCGGCAGUGAAGCUGAUUUUAGCUCUUCAAGCAGCACGGGCAGUAUUUCAGCACCUGAAGUCCAUAUGUCUGCUGCUGGAAGCAAAAGAUCUUCUUUUUCUCGCAAUCGUGGCCCUCAUGGUCGGAAUAACGGAUCCUUAUCCUACAAGUCUGGAACCAGCCCACCUGCUUCCCAUGGAAAGGACCCUUCGUCAACACUGUGCAAAACCCAUCUGAAUCCUGCUAACAUCCAUCAGAGUUACAGGGCUUCUUCAGCCAGCAGCAGCAACUCAGGCUCAUACAAAGGAAGCGACAGCAGCCCAGUGAUGAGGCGAUCAGGGAGAUACAAUUCUUGUAGUGACAAUCACAGCAUUAAACCACAAAAUCCAGAGCAGUAUUUGACUCCUCUGCAGCAGAAAGAAGUGGCAGUACGGCAUUUGAAAACCAAGCUGAAGGAAUCUGAGAGCAAACUUAAAGAAAGGGAAACAGAAAUAGAAGAGCUUAAAGCUCAGCUGGGACGGAUGAGGGAAGACUGGAUUGAGGAAGAGUGCAAUCGUGUGGAGGCAGAGCUUGCCUUAAAGGAAGCAAGAAGUGAAAUUAAACAACUCAAGCAGGUUAUUGAAACCAUGAAAGACAGCUUGGCUGAGAAAGACAAAAAAAUUCAGAAAUACUUCAUAGACAUAAACAUUCAAAACAAGAAACUGGAAUCUUUGCUGCAGAGCAUGGAGAUUGCUCAGAACCACUCUGUGAGGGAUGAGCAGUGCCUGGAAUACACGUCCGACUCAGAGGAGAAGCCGUUAGCAUUGUGUGCCACCGUGCCAGACAGCCUCAUCACACAGGAACAAGCUCUGGGGGAGGUGGCAGACAGUGAGGUGCUUCUUAGUGAGGACAGAGCUAACGGGACUGACUCAUCUGCAGGGAGUUUGACCACCACAGCCUCCGAGUUGAGUGAUCCAGCUCCCUUCAGUGCUGCUGUAACUAAAGAAAUGCUUGAAAUCGUUCUGGAUGGAAAACUAACUUAUUGCCAGGAGGAAGAGAAAAGUAACAACAUGAUGGUGGAGCAGGCUAUCCAGACUGACGUGGUGCCAUAUAGCCUAGAUGUGGAGCAGCUCAUUCAAAAUAUCUUCAGAGCUCAAGAUACCUGUCCUCUAAGCCCACCUUCUUCACUGAAGGAAUUGGGUGAAUUUUCUCUUGAAAGCUUCAGUGAUUCUGGUAUCAUAGUGGACUUAACUCCAAGUGAUCCCAAUUCUGCCAUCCUUUUGUCUCCUAUGGAGUCUCCAUGCAGAAAGGUGGAGCACGGAGUUAAUGAAAAUCGUUUCAUGAAAGAACUUGAUUUUACAGAACCUCAUGAUGAUGAAUGCUUUGAGUAUGUCAAUACAGGAAUAAAGAGGAGAUACUGGAGCAGCAGUCUCCUUGGAGAUCUUCUGGCUGUAGCAGCCCCUGUUGUACCAACUAUUUUGUGGGCUUUGAGUACUCAGAGAGGAGGAACAGAUCCUAUUUACAAUAUUGGAGCAUUGCUUCGUGGUUGCUGCCUGGUGGCCCUGCACUCUUUACGCCGAACACCCUUCAAUAUCAAAACCUAAAGAAUACUCUGUCCCUGGGCACCAACUGGCUGUAGCAGAGAGAAAGAGGGAUGAAAUAGAUUAUAAAAAGUUACUGUAUAUUCUGGCAGAGUCCAUCAUUUUGCUUUUGACUAUUUGAUUUGCACUAUAAAUCACUUUGAAAACAUGUUCCUUGUUUUAAAACAAAAAAGCUGAAGGUGUUUUUAACAGAUGUUUUUAACAGUACUGCUGCUUACAGAAAUACUCCUCCUGCCCCCAGGCACAGAUCCCUCCCCUGUGCUGGUGUCUUUCUUGUGCCAGUGCAUCUGCACAGUGAACAUGACCAGGGAAAUCAGGAACUACAGCUAGUGCUCUUUUAUGUCCGAUUGCCAAGUUAGCAUUAAGCUCAGUCACUUUCCCGGGAUGGUUCACCAGCGAAUGCACAAAGCACUUUGCACUGACUCAAGGGUGGUGUGAGAUGUGCACGGGGACAAAUGGCCGGAAAAUGGUGGGGUAUUUCUCUAGACAGCACUAACCUGAAACAUCUGUGAAACUACAGUGUUAAGUAACUGAAAUGAAGACUCACUCCCCUUAAGGUAUCACUCCUGUGCUCCAGAAAGCAUGCUAGCGCUUUCCAUUUGUUGUCCCAAGUGUCAAUUCCGUUUAGAGGUAAAACCCGUAUUCCCCAGGCAGCUUCCAGCACAUCGUUUGUGCCUGUCUUGUGUAGUGCUCUUCUCAAUCGUGCAAUUGCUUGAGCAUUUCACUUGGUCUUGUGCGUAUACAGGGACUGUAACCAAAAAUGUACACUGUUGGGAGUCUUCACACUUGUUACAAUGAUAAGUAUAGGCGUGGAUACACUUUGACUCUUAAUGUUGUUUUAAAGUCUUAAUGUAUUGGAACCAGAUAGUCUUUUGAGCCCUUUGAAAUACUAUGUAUAAAUGUAUUGUGUUUUAACUUAUUGUUUAUUUAAUUGCUUAAUUGUAAAUUAUCUUUAUAAUCACAAAUUCAGUAAAGCAUGAUAGAAAUGUCAAA